AUGGCUGAGUCUUCUAAAUUUGAUAGGCAUAAGUGUAAGCCUAAGAGCAUGUUCCUUCCUCCUUCCAUUAAUGCGAGUGUGGAAACAUUUAUCAAAUUAUGUCAGAUGGAUAUGGAUAAAAUUAAUUGGAAGAAGAAGGGGAAGCCGAAUUUGAGUAGGCAUGAAUAUGCUACACUUAUGGGACUGAGAAAAGACGUUACCAUUUCUAUUAGACCUGCUGACAAGGGUGGAGCAUUGGUGGUGAUGAAUACGAGUGAAUACGUUGCUGAGAUGAAUCGUCAAUUGACCAAUGGAAGUCACUAUAGAAUUUUGGGAUAUGAUCCUACAGGUGAGUUAAAGGAGCGAAUUAAGGUAAUUACAGGUGUGGCCUUGGAGAAACAGUUAAUUGAGAAAAGGGAUUAUAAUUUUUUGAACACGGAUUAUCCCAAAAUCCCUUUUAUUUACCUGCUCCCGAAGAUACAUAAGAACUUGAGGUACCCUCCUGGUCGCCCUAUAGUGUCAGGAUGUGGAUCGGUUUUACAACCAUUAUCAAAAUUUGUUGAUAUACAUUUGCAAUCUCUGGUCUUCAAUAUGCGCUCAUUUGUGCAAGACACGACAGAUUUUAUUAAGAAACUAGAAUGUGUCAGAAUGAUUCCUGAAGGAGCAUUAUUAUGCACCAUGGACAUUAACAGUCUCUAUACGUCGAUCCCACACGAAGAAGGUAUUGAGGCAGUAUUUGGAGCAAUGCAAGCACUGGAAAUUAGUGAAGCGUAUAGAGAUUUUUUGUUGGAGUUAUUGACAUUGGUAUUGCAUAAGAAUUAUUUUACAUUUGAGGGCAAGUUUUACUUGCAGAUACAGGGCACUGCGAUGGGGUCUAAUGUGGCCCCUACAUAUGCCAAUUUAUUUAUGGCGGCGUUUGAGGAUGCAUUUGUAUAUCCUGAUCCAUUCUUUAUAAAAUUUGUGUUGAAUUGGGUGCGCUACAUAGAUGAUAUUUUCUUUUUUUGGACAGGUACGGUUGAAGAGUUACUCUGUUUUAAGGAAAGAUUGGAUAAUCAAUUGGAUACGAUAUCUUUCACUAUAGAAUAUGAUAUGCAUCUGAUGCACUUUUUGGAUGUAUCCAUGGAG